UUCCUUUCUCAUUUGGGAUAACAUAUCGUAUUGAGUCUUGAUUCUUAUUUUACCUUUCUUUUGUCAUUUCAAGAACGAUCACUAGCCAUUAGAUUUCCUUUUGUAGAGGGUUGUUAGAUUGGGAAACAAUGGCGUUUGAUUCGUCCGCACUUAGUGUGGAGAAUGAGUGGAAACCUGAAAGAACUCUAGUCCUACUCGGUCGAACAGGGAAUGGUAAAAGCGCAACGGGAAACAGCAUCUUAGGUAAAACUAUGUUUCAGUCAAAGGCAAGAGGAAAAUUCAUUACCAAAGAGUGUAAGCUACAUAAAUCUGAGCUACCAAAUGGUCUGAUCAUCAGUGUUAUCGACACUCCUGGUCUGUUUAGUGCUUCCUCGACGACAGAUUUUACCAUCAGAGAAAUCGUUAGAUGUUUACUUUUAGCUAAAAGCGGUAUCGAUGCAGUGCUUCUUGUUUUCUCGGUAAGGAACCGGUUAACAGAAGAGGAACAGUCGACGCUUCGCACAUUAAAGAUCCUUUUCGGAAGUCAAAUCGUUAAUUAUAUAAUCGUUGUCUUCACCAAUGAGGAUGCACUUGAAGAUGGAGAAACUCUAGAUGAUUAUUUGGAGGAUUGCCCUGAGUUUCAGGAAAUUCUCAAAGAGUGUGAUGAUCGUAAGGUGUUGUUUGACAAUAGGCGUAAUGCUUCUGUGAGGAAGAAAGAGAAGCAAGUCCAAGAUCUUCUAAACCUCGUCGAACAAAUCUCAAAGAAGAACAAUGGAAGAUCUUAUAUGGCUGACUUAUCACUUGAGCUAAGGGAGAACGAGGCGACAAUCGAGGAAAAGCAGAAGCAGAUUGAAGCAAUGAAGGGUUGGUCUUCAAAACAAGAGAUAUCUCAAAUGAAAAAGGAAGUAGAGAAAUCACAUAACGAAAUGCUCGAGGGGAUAAAGGAGAAGAUCUCUAAUCAGCUGAAGGAGUCAUUGAGGGAUGUAAAGGAACAAUUAGCUAAGGCACAAGAAGCAAGGGAGGAAACCGAGAAAAAGAUGCAUGAAAUUCAGAAACUAUCUACUGAUGAGAUCAGGAGGCUUAGAGAACAACUUAACAAAGCUGAGAGAGAGACUGCUUCUUUACGCACCGAACUCAACAAGAAGUGCACUGUUCUUUAAUCACAUCUUAUAGUCCUGUAUUGUAAUAAUACAUCAAACAUAUGUUAUGUAGAGAUAAUCAUGUUCUGUUCUUUAAAAUCAUAUGUAUAUGCUUUGCUGUAUGAUAUGAAUCACUAAAUCA